CAUUAAAUAGCCCGGCUUGCUGUUGACCUAAGCAGCCCCGAAAGACAGUUGCAUCUGUCAAGUAGGGAAAUUUAGGUACGCUUUAUGCAGUAGGCUAAUUUAACUAAUUUACAACACCAUAAAACUGCCAGCAAAACACAAGGAAAGGAAUGAAGAAGUACAGCUACUAGUGGACGGUGAAGCAACAGCUCCCCCUGUGGCCGGAAUCGUGAAGCUGGAAAAAUGUUAAAUGCCUCUGUGUCUGUCUAUACUGUAUGUUGUUUGUCUAUUGGCAUUGAAUGUUUCCCAUAUAUGUGUUCAUUGUAAUCCGCCCUGAGUCCUCUUCGGGGUGAGAAGGGCGGAAUAUAAAUACGGUAAAUAAAUGAAUAUGUUAGAAAUAUAACGCUUGCCUCCGGCUAAAGAUACAGUCCUAUUAGCUUUAGCUCAUUCCAAGAUCAAGGGGUUUACAACGUCUAUUUUGAAAUAAAUAUCAUAGAAUCAUAUUGGCCUUUUUCGCUGCUGCAUCACGCUAUUGCGAUCCAUCACGACUCCUACAUCUCCUUCUGUGAGGUCUCAUCCACCCUUUUAUCUGUGCAUUUCUGUUCUUUCUGCUUUACAUUUCUCCCGGUUGAAAUCCACGUUGUUAAGUGAGUUUUGGACAUAAUUUUGGAUCAUGAUCCUGUUAGUUGGUGCAUAUACAUAUAUUGACAAAUGCACCUCAGAAAAAUACAGGCAUUGCUUCUUUGUUUCUGGCGGGGACGCUAUGGGGUUUGUGCUUAGCGUCAUUUGUCUUUUCUUGUUUUUCUGUCCCUUCGGCUCCUUUUUCCUCCUUCCGUUUCGGCUCCAUCCUUCCCGCCUUUCUCCUCUCCUGAAUCCGAACACAUGUCCUGCCCUGUUUGUUUUGCCCCCUCCAUCCUUGACGCAGGCGACGGAAGUGGAGGGGACCUUGGAGCCCCCCGAAGAUUUCCGAGAGAAGCCCCUUCUUCAAGCCCUCAACCCCGAAGAGCCCCCCGAAAUGCCGAGAGAGCACGCAAUCAAGCGCUUCUUGAAGGACGACUCGGAGGAGGCCGAGCUGGUCCAGUUCCUGGGCGACCAGCCCCCUGCGGAGCAGACCUUCCGCCGCCCGGAGCCCAGACCGGAGGAAGACACCUUCAAGGGUUACGGUAUCCAUCGGGCCGCGCCCGAGAUGUUUGCCGCCCUGACGGGGGCCCGGCCCCUGUCCCAGGAGGAUGCGGUGGCCAUGGAGGACAAGGAGCCCAAAGCCUUCCACCGGCCACGGCCCCUCGAUCUCCGGCAGCAGCCACAGCAGCAGCAGCACAUGGCGGCUCCAGCACCACCCAGCCCUUCUCGUCCACGGAGCCCCUGGGGAAGGCUGGAUCCCUAUGAUUCGGAUGAGGAUGAUAAGGAAUACGUCGGAUUUGCCACCCUGCCCAACCAGGUCCAUCGGAAGUCGGUCAAGAGGGGAUUUGACUUCACGCUGAUGGUUGCAGGAGAAUCUGGGCUGGGAAAAUCGACGCUGGUGAACAGCCUCUUUCUUACGGAUCUGUACAAGGACCGUAAACUCUUAAAUGCGGAAGAACGGAUCCUCCAGACGGUGGAGAUCACCAAACACGUGGUGGACAUUGAGGAGAAAGGCGUCAAGCUCCGCUUAACCAUCGUGGACACGCCAGGCUUCGGGGACGCCGUCAACAACACCGAAUGCUGGAAGCCAGUGGCUGACUACAUCGACCAGCAGUUUGAGCAAUAUUUCCGGGAUGAAAGUGGCCUCAACCGGAAGAACAUUCAGGACAACCGAGUGCAUUGCUGCCUCUACUUCAUCUCCCCUUUUGGACACGGGUUACGGCCCUUGGAUGUGGAGUUCAUGAAAGCUCUCCACCAGCGGGUGAAUAUUGUGCCCGUCUUGGCCAAAGCGGACACCCUCAUGCGCUCCGAGGUAGACCGGAUGAAGAACAAGAUCCGGGAUGAAAUCGAACACUUCGGGAUCCGGAUCUACCAGUUCCCCGAUUGCGAUUCAGAUGAAGAUGACGAUUUCAAGCUGCAGGACCAGGAGCUCAAGGAGAGCAUCCCGUUUGCCGUAAUUGGCAGCAACACAGUCGUGGAGGCCAAAGGGAGACGCAUCCGAGGCCGGCUCUACCCGUGGGGUGUCGUGGAAGUGGAAAACCCGGCCCAUUGCGACUUUGUCAAGCUGCGCACCAUGCUGGUGAGGACGCACAUGCAGGACCUGAAGGACGUGACCCGGGAGACGCACUACGAAAACUACCGGGCCCAGUGCAUCCAGAGCAUGACCCGGAUGGUGGUCAAGGAGCGCAACCGGAAACUAGCAAACUCACAAGAGAAAGUGGGACAGACUUCCCCAUCCCCGCCAUGCCGCCGGUGCCGGACUCGGAAACAGAGAAGCUGAUCCGGGAAAAGGACGAAGAGUUGCGUCGGAUGCAGGAAAUGUUGCAGAAAAUCCAGCAGCAGAUGGAAGACACCCACUAGCCCCUUCUUACCUCUCCAACCUUCUCCAUCUCUGGUCCUCUUUCUCAUCUCCCGCCUCGGAGACACACAAUGUUUACAUUUCUCACCCAGAACUUGACCUCAUCCUGGCACCUCUGACCUGACGCUCCUCAUAGAUAUUUAUAUAUAUAUAUAUAUAGAGAGAGAGAGAUUAUAUACUCACACACAUUGCUGCAACCAUCGCCUUACAGCCAAAGUUGGCCGCGCUUUGCCGAAGAAACAAGACGCUCUCCCAAAGACUUCCAGCAUGUGGGAACUCCGCCUUUCCCUAUUUUCUGGCUACCCAAAAGAUUCUGCUGUGGCAUUGAACUUACUUCAGAGGAUGUAUAACAGUGAUUCCCAAAGUGGACACGGGGGCAGGGCCAGAGGAGGGGCAGGGCCUCUUCCCAAGUGCCGGAAACAGGGCUGAGCGUCUAUACCUGUUAGGACACACAGGGGGCGGAGCUAGAGGAGUGGGCGUGGCUUCUUCCCAAGAGCCUGAGACAGGGCUGAGCAUCUAUACCUCUCCUGAGGCGCUUGUUGGGAAACAGAGGGCGGAGCUAGGGAAGGGGGCGGGGCCUCCUUCCAAGAGCUUGAGACAGGGCUGAGCAUCUUCUAUACCUCUCCUGAGGCUCUUGUUGGGACACAGAGGGCGGAGCUAGGGAAUGAGGUGGGGGCCUCCUUCCAAGAGCCUGAGACAGGGCUGAGCAUCUUCUAUACCUCUCCUGAGGCUCUUGUUGGGACACAGAGGGCGGAGCUAGGGAAUGAGGUGGGGGCCUCCUUCCAAGAGCCUGAGACAGGGCUGAGCCUCUAUAUCUCUCUUGAGAGGCCUUAUAGGACUAAAGGGCAGGGCUGGGGCCUCCUUCCAAGAGCCUGAGAUAGGGCUGAGCCUCUAUACCUCUCCUGAGAGGCCUUUUAGGACUAAAGGGUGGGGCUAGGGUUGGGGGCGGGGCCUCUUCCCAAGAGUUUCUGUAUACCUCCCCUGAGGCACUUGUUAGAAAACGGGGGUGGGGUAUAGAGGUUCAGCCCCUUCAGGCACUUGGGAAGAGGCCCCACCCCCUUCUCUAGCCCCGCCUCCUGUGUCCUGGCAGGGAUAGAUGCUCAGCCCUGUCUCAGAGCUCGUAACUCCGCCAAUCCCAGUCCUGGCUACCCAUUUGUGGCCCCGUCCACCUCCUCCUCCCAGCCCUGCAUCUUGGACUAGGGGAGAGGCUCAGCCCCGCCCUCUUGAGCAGGAGCCACGCCCACCCCUCUAAGCCACGCCCCCUUUCUAGGGGGCUCUGAGUAAUAUUUUUUCCAGAAAGGGGGCGGUAGGCCAAAUAUAAUAAGCAUGGGUGGAGUUAGAAAAAGUAGAGAAGCUGGGAAAGAACAGAUCCAACUAGCAGUCCACCAUUUCUCCCCAAUGUUGAUAGACCUUUCUUGGGAGUGAUUCUUUCGAAGGCAGCUCUUCUCUUUGAGAGAUGAGAGGUCACCCUAAACAAGGGGUUUACGUCCAAUCGGAGUGUCCCUAAACAUGUGUAUUGGGACAGCGGUUCUUCAGAACCAUCAUCCAUCCAUGGUCCAGGCUUGGAAGAUAACCCCGCCAUUGCAAGGAUGGCUGGAGAGCCCAAAAAGAGUACAUUCUCCAGGCGUUGGAUCGUAAUAAUCUCCCAUGAGUGAGUCCAACUCCGAAAGCCAUUCCUUUCGUUCCGGAGUUGGGGUUGCCAACACCGCCUUUCUGCUGCGCUCCGCUGCAGACAUAUACUUGCCCGCUUUAUCUUCCUAGCAUGGAGAGAGAUCUUCCCCCUUCGUUUGCAGGUAAAAUUGCUAUUAAUAUAUAUUAAUGACAAUAGAUUGGGGCGUGUAUUCGAACAGACCCCUCUGCAUUAUUAUAGCGUAGCUUGCCUUUAAAACGCCCUCUCGUUUUAAUUCUUCAAAGUCCUCUUCGAGGUUGGUUAUUGACCCCUUUAACUUCUUGUUCGAUUGAUUAUUUAUUUAUUCCAUUAUUUUAUUAUGUUGAUAUUUUUUCAUUAUGACAAUUCAGACGUGGCAUUUUUGUUAUUAUUAUUAUUAUUAUUAUUAUUAUUAUUAUUAUUAUUAUUAUUUGAAACACAACAAGAUGAGUCCACAGCAGACACUCUGCUGGCUGUUGUAUUGGAUCACACAUUGGACACAUUAUUAUUAUUAUUAUUAUUAUUAUUAUUAUUAUUAUUAUUAUUAUUAUUAUUAUUAUGACACAGCAAACAAGAUAGAUAUGCUGGAUUUCGUAUCACAAAAUGACAAGUCGAACACUUCCCAAGUGUCUAGGACUGUGUGAUGUAAUUAUUAUUAUUACUAUUUACUAUUAUUUACUAAUUACUAUUAUUAGUUGAUAUAUUUAUUAUUGGCCACGUUUCUGUACUCUUCUUGGGGAGCAGUGAUGUAAAGUUAGGGAGCACUUUAGGAUGGUUUUUCAGGGUUUACGGCUCCAUUCCGUCCUCCAAAUCUUGCUAUUUUCUUAUCCAAAAAAAAAAAAAAGAUUUUAUUUUGCACGGCUGUCCAAACUAAGAAAUGUAUUUAUUGUUACGGAUGCAAAAGAAUAGAGAUGUUUAUACCUUCGGAAAGGCUCCAGUAGAAAAUAUUUUUUAACCCGCCAAUAAAUAUUGCAAAUUUCAA